AUGCAAGUGGAGGGCAACUGGAAGGCUGCGGCCAACUUGAAUCUUCUUCUUGGUCUCGAGCACCCACCAGCGCGACUGGAGAAGCCACUGCUCACGCCACAGCAGCGCAGCGCUGGCAGCUCUGCCCUUGUCACGGUGGAGGCGCGUAACACCGCCAACUUCAGGAGCUCCUCCUACUGCGGCCUCCAAGACAAGUCCGCGCCGACGAUUCGAAGGCACGUGAUUGACUUCUACAAGGAGAUGCUAUACCGCGUGCCUCUCUGGCGAGGACUCGUGAAGACACAGGAGGAGGGCACCUGCCGGGGUACAGUGGUGGAGACAGAGCUGGAAGAUGAUGAUGACGCGGACGGAAUGGUCCCCCUGGCAGGAGGUGCGCCAGUUGCCUCCGGUGGGCCCUUGUUCCGCGCUGUUGGCAUCCUGACACAAGUGCAGGAUCCGUCGGCGGUGAGUGCGGCAACCCAGCAGGCACCGUGGGAGUUCUACGUGGUGCGGGACAUGGAUGACGAUGAGUGCUACAUUCGUGCUCUGCAGGCAAUGGCGCAAGCAGAUCGCACGACAGGCGCGUUCUUUUCCCUCCUUCAGGAUGCAUCGCACGCUGGCUUCUGUGCGCGAACAUCAGGUAGACUGGAGGGCAGCACCGCCCGGCCCUCUACAGGGAUGGCAGCGACAUCGGCGAUAGGUGAGGCCGGGGAGGAAACGCCAGGGACGGCCGCCGAGGCUGACGAGGAGGCGGCGGCCGGUGAUGGCACUCGCCUUUCGCUCUACACGCGGCAGGCGUCAUGGUUCACAGGUCUUCAUCCCGGUAUGGCUGUCGGCAUCAUCGGCGACCCGUUUCAGCGCAGUGCCCGCGGCGUUCUCACGGGCGUUCUCGUGCGCGAGUUCGUUUUGCCAUCGCGGCCGACGCUGCCAUGGCGAGUGGACCGACCACUGCUGUCUGCGACCGUGACAUCGACUUCGGGUGCCGGCGCCCUGGCCGAUGUCAGCGGCGCUGGCGUGCGCAUCCACUUCUGCAGUGGGCCGUUCCCACGGCGCGACGUGUCGGGGCUGCUGCGCACGGUCACCUCCCAAGCGCUGCACCGCGGUGCGGAUGUGCUGAUUAUCGGUGGCCCUUUUAUCCUCCCCUUUGCCAGCGAGUUUGAGCGCGAGCUGCUGCCGUCGCUAGGCGCCACCUUCAACGAGGUGAUGGAGAGCUUUGUGGACACGCUGGAGGAGACGCUGAAGAAUUACUACUCUACGCGGCCGCUUUUGACACAUAUGAAGGUGCUGCUCGUGUCGCAUAGGGGUGACGUCACCCAAAUCCCUGUGCUCCCUACCACCAUGUACGCGAUCGCGGACACAGACGACAUCCUCAUUCGCUCGAACCCGUGUCGGCUGUCGGUGAAUGGGGUGCACGUCAGCGUAUGCAACGAGGAUGUCGUGGGCGGCAUGCGUGAGCGCAUGGUCGAGCGGUGGCCGACUGCCGAGGGUAGCCUACGACGCGUCGUAGAGGCCUUGGUGAACGGGCGCCUGUAUGUCCCGCUCUACAGCUUACCUGUGACGACGGCGGAUCUAAAGCAUCUCCCUCACCUGCGAAUGGACUACGUGCCGUCGCAAAACGAGCUGCUUGAGAUCAAGCCCGCUGCUGCUGCGUUGACGAGCAAUACUACUGCAAAAGGCGGUCGCCAUGGCGAUGCCGACCGCGGGGAUGCCACCACGAGCACGUCGAGCGCCAGCUCCUCACGUGGUUGGGAAGCUGUGUUUAGUGUUGCGGAACAGCCGUCUACCGACGUGGCGGAGUGGCUGAAGCACAAGGUGAAGCGGGUGAAACUGGAGGACGCAGCCGGUGACGGUGAGGAGGGGGAUGCGGCGACCACACCCCGUGACCCGGUGACUGCAUCAACGCCGACGGCCUCAUCGAAGACGGAGUGCCUGCCUCACAUUAUGUUCCUCCCCUCCACCCGCCCGCAGUUUGCUACCGUGACGCACCAGAGCGAGGAGGUCGACGGCGCCGACAUCGACAGCGCGGACAGCGCUUCUGGCGUCCUGGUUGUGAACCAGGAGGUUUGGUCGACGCGCUCGUCCCCAAAGUUUGAGCUCCGUGUGGCGGAGGUGACGAUUCCGAACACGGACGUCGUAUUGCGGCGCGGCGCCACCUCCAGAAACGGUGUCGCGUGCGGUGUCCUGCACAUCUACAGCGCAUAG